GGACGGCUCCGGACCGGGAGGCCGCGCAAGCAGCUCCGGCGAGCGGGCUGCUUGGCUGCAGGGCGCCCUCGUCUGCCCGUCCGCCCGCCCUGGAGGCGUUGCCUCGGCCGGCCCUCUCGCCGAUUGCGCGGGCACUUCCUGGCCGUCCCCGUUCCUUCCGAGCAGCCCGGCGGAGCGAAGGGGCAGCGGCAGCGGCGAGCUGGUGCCUCCCGGCCUGCUCGGAGCGGGCUGACGCGGGGAACAGAAAUGGACCCUGCACACGAUCUUCCUUCAAGCCCCGCUUAUGCCGCCCUCAGAAGAUCCCAGCUAAAUGCAGCUGGUAGUGAAAGACAAGAGGCCAUGAAGGAGAUGAAGGAGGAUCCAGAGGUGCGCUUUGAGGAACUGCUUGAAAGAGCAAAAGCCGGGGAGUCCAAAGCACAGGCAGAGGUGGGAAAGUAUUACCUGAAGCUAGCAGAAGACCGAGAUGAGGAACUGAAUAGCUGCAAAGCCGUGGAGUGGCUGCUCCUUGCAGCUAAACAGGGGCGAAGGGGAGCCGGUAAACUGCUGAAACAAUGCUUAGCAGAGCGAAGAGGCAUCACUUUGGAGAAUGAGCAAGAGGUGAAGAAGUUAGCGUCUGAAACUGAUUUGGAAAGAGUUGUGAGAAAGGCUGGCUCGGUCAUGUACUGGAAACUAAACCCAGAGAAGAAAAAGCGACUGGCUGUUUCAGAAUUAUUAGAAAAUGUCGGCCAAGUUGAUGAUGAAGGUGGUGAAAAGCAGCCUGGCCCAGUUCCAAAGUCUGUUCAGAAGCAAAGAAGAAUGCUGGAACGGCUGGUGAGCAGCGAAUCAAAGAAUUACAUUGCCUUGGAUGAUUUUGUUGAAAUAACCAAGAAGUAUGCCAAGGGGAUCAUCCCAACUAAGCUACUUGGGCAAGAUGAAGAUGACGACGAGCUGGCAGGGAAGAGUCCAGAGGAGCUUCCCCUUCGACUCAGGGUUAUCAAGUAUCCCCUUCAUGCCAUUAUGGAAAUCAAGGAGCACCUCAUAGACAUUGCAUCCAAGGCAGGAAUGCAUUGGCUGUCCACUAUUGUUCCCACGCACCACAUCAAUGCCCUCCUCUUCUUCUUCAUCAUCAGCAACCUGACAAUUGACUUUUUUGCCUUUUUCAUCCCAUUAGUCAUCUUCUAUCUCUCCUUCAUUUCCAUGGUGAUUUGCACCCUGAAAGUCUUUCAGGACAGUAAAGCUUGGGAGAACUUCCGUACCCUCACAGACUUGCUGCUUCGUUUUGAGCCAAAUCUAGAUGUUGAGGAAGCGGAAGUGAACUUUGGCUGGAACCACUUAGAGCCGUAUCUUUACUUCCUGCUGUCGGUCUUCUUUGUCAUUUUUUCUUUCCCUAUAGCUAGCAAGGACUGGAUACCCUGCUCCGAGUUGGCGACAAUCUCCAUUUUCUUCAUGGUGGCAAGCUACUUGAGUUUACCCACAAGUGCGGAAUCUUACACCCGGAGAGCACUGCUGACCGAAGUUGCCGCGGGCACGCUCUCUAUAUUGCAGGUGGUGCCAAUAAAUUUGGGGCCCCUCAAACUGUUGGGCAAAACCUUUCACAGCAUCCCUAUUGGCCACUUCUUUGUGUUCAACAUGAGCUUCCCUUGCCUUUUAUUUCUGUAUUUGUUUUAUCUGUUCUUUAGAAUGGCAAAGAUGCGGAACUUCAAGGGCACCUAUUACUACUUGGUUCCUUACUUGGUGUGUUUCAUGUGGUGUGAGCUCUCGGUGGUUAUCUUGCAGCAGUCAACUGGCAUUGGACUGAUCCGUGCUUCUGUUGGUUACUUUUUGUUCCUUUUUGCGCUUCCUGUUCUACUGAUAGGUAUUGCACUGAUGUGUCUCAUCCAUUUUGUAAAGUGGUUCAUAACACUGGAACUUGUGAAAAUUGUGGUAACCCUUGUUUUAUGCGCGAUUCCUUUGCUUUUCCGGUGGUGGACAAAGACCAGUUUCUCUGUGGUUGGAAUGGUAAAGUCCCUAUCAAAGAGUUCAAUCGUGAAACUCAUUCUGGUGUGGAUAACUGCCAUAGUGUUGUUCUGUUGGUUUUAUGUGUAUCGCUCAGAGGGGAUGAAAGUAUAUAACUCUACCUUGACGUGGAAUCAGUACGGGUUCUUGUGUGGUCCACGGGCUUGGAGGGAAACCAACAUGGCCCGUACCCAGAUCUUAUGCAGUCAUCUGGAGGGCCACAGAGUGACGUGGACCGGAAGGUUCAAAUACGUCAGAAUCACCGACAUUGACAAUAGUGCAGAAUCGGCAAUAAAUAUGCUUCCCUUUUUUAUUGGAGACUGGCUGAGAUGCUUGUAUGGUGAAACCUAUCCAGCAUGUUCCCCGGAAAACGUUACCGCUGAAGAGGAGGAGCUGUGCCACUUAAAAUACCUGGCAAAACACAAUUGCCACAUGAAGCGGUUUGACCGUUACAAAUUUGAAAUAUCUGUGGGCAUGCCUCUCAAUAGCACGAAUGGGAACAAGAUGAAGGACGAUGAGGAUGUAACCAAAGACAUUGUGCUGAAGGCAAGCAAUGAGUUCAAGAAGGUGUUGCUGAACUUGAGGCAAGGAAGCAUCAUUGAAUUCAGUACUAUUCUGGAAGGCCGGCUGGGCAGCAAGUGGCCUGUCUUCGAACUGAAAGCGAUAUCCUGCUUAAAUUGCAUGGCGAAACUUUUGCCGGCAGGAAGGCAUGUGAAAGUUGAGCACGACUGGAGAAGUACUGUUCAGAAAGCUCUCAAGUUUGCCUUUGAUUUUUUCUUUUACCCAUUUCUGUCAGUUGCAUAGUGAGUUUGAAUAGCACCAUUUGUAUUGCCAAGACCAAAGAUUUGGCUUAAAAGCUGCUGUAAUGAGGUUCAGAAUGAAUGUUAAGAGUAUUGCGUUCUGCUCUGCAGUUUUAGUCAUUCGUGUGCUGCAAUUUAAGCAAGUCACUUACAUUAUCUGCAUAUUAAAGCAUGAACAGUGUUUCUCA